UGGUCAAGAAGUCACUUUCUCCGAUAUCAAAGAAGAGUCAUAGAGUUAUCAACUUUGUCUCCCAUGAAUAGUUUCAUAUGAUUAGUCCACGAAUAGUAUAAGUGGAUGGUCAAUCACUCUUCCUCAAUUAGUAAGCCGACAAACACGAAUACGAAGACUAUAACAUAUCACAAUCAUAGACACGAAUACGAUUCAGGGGAUUCAUACGGACUCAAACCGGCAAACAGCUUCAACCUCUGAGUCAUACUCAGCGGCAUCAAACGCGAUGCGGGGAGUAGUAUAAGAAUCCCCAGUUCAUCUAGUACUAAGGAUAUUGAAAAUCACAAACACAAUUACAACACCAAUUCAAAUAGUUAUUACCACCAACAACCAUAACCAUGUCUCUAGACUUCACCACUUUCGACGUCUUCACGACCAUCCCCUUCCGGGGCAACCCCCUCGCCAUCGUCCACGUACCAUCAAACAUCCAACUCGCGCAGAACCAAAAGCAACUCAUCGCACGAGAGUUCAAUCUCUCAGAGACAGUCUUCCUACACGAGCAGACACCCGCGGAUAUAAAAGCCCGUAUCGCACGUAUCGACAUAUUCACCGCGUUAGCUGAAGUCCCAUUCGCAGGGCACCCCACCGUAGGAACCGCCAACUACCUCUUACACCACCUACACCUAGACUCCGCGCACGUACUAUCCACCAAAGCCGGACCCUUACCUUUCAAAGAAAUAACAUUCCCCCCAAACUCAGAAGCCGGUGCUCAAAUCAGCGUCGCGCAUAACAUGCACAUCCACUCCACGCCCUUCGCGGGUACACCGUACUCUCAUUUUCCGGUUGUUAGUAUCGUAAAUGGUAUGAGUAUGAUCCUAGCCCGACAACCCGACCUCGCGGCCUUGGCCGCGCAGACGGGGAAUUUAGUCGGGAUUGAGAAUACAUACGGCGCGAGCGCGAAAUUAGACGAGGGAUGGCGGAACGGGCCUGUUCUUAGUUAUUUCUACGUCGAUCUCGGUGUUACUGGCGGCGUGAGGAAAUUACGCACGCGUACCCUGAGUUCGAGAGAAGAUCCGGCGACUGGUAGUGCGGCGUCGGCUUUGACUGCUUAUUUGACGCUUAGUGAAGGCAAGGAGGGGUCGUUGGUUAGGAAGUAUGAGAUUACGCAGGGUGUGGAGAUGGGGAGGAGGAGUGUUAUUCGCGUGCAGGUUACGCUGAAUGAGGCGCGUGAUGGGAUUCGGGAGGUUUUGCUUUCUGGGAGUGCGGUUAGGGUAUUGGAGGGGAAGGUUCCUAUUCCGGAUGUUGGGUUGGCGGUCUAUGAGUAAGUGGGCUGUCGUUUGUAGUUUACAGAGCUGCUUGUUUUGCGACUUGAAUCAAACUACAUGGAAUGGAAACCUUGGAGAGGGGAGAGCGUUUGAGUAUAAAUGCCUAGGGGGAUCGUUGGUUAUUUUCGUGUUUUGUCGUCAUAAGAUGUGAUGCUCUAGGAGUUCACCCUCCAACCACAUACUCUGUAUAUACCAUACGUGCUCAACCA